CGAGGAAAAUAAUAAUAAUUAAUAAAGUUUUGUUUUUGUUUUUUUUUUUCAUUUUAAUUUUCCAUGAGAAAGCAAAUACAUUGGGGUUGGAGAUGAAGAACGAGCUCUCUCUAUUCGCAGUUUCUCACUCUUCCGAGUCAAAAACACUCUCUUCGAAGCUCUAGAUCGAUCUCGAUGGCUCGUUGAAUCAUGAUUGACUUCCUUCUUCGCCCCAAUUUUUGCCGGCAUUUAUACUGAUGAGGGAAGCAUGUUCUGUGGUUUAGAGCUAAAGCCCAAAUCCACGUCAAGAAAUUUCUUCUGUACAUUUGAUUGUGUAAGCCUUGGACUCAGCCAUGAAUAACCUGACUGUUGAAACAGAAGAUGCCUUUUCCAGUUUGCUUGAACUUGCUGCUAACGAUGACAUUGAUGGCUUCAAGAAAUCGAUUGAACGUGACCCUUCUGGUAUUGAUGAGAUUGGUCUAUGGUACGGCCGCUUGCGAGGCUCGAAGCAGAUGACUAAUGAGCAGAGAACUCCUUUAAUGGUUGCUGCUACUUAUGGGAGCAUUGAGGUUCUGAAGCUUAUUCUUUCUCUUUCUUUUGCUGAUGUAAACCGGUCCGUUGGUCUUGACAGAAGCACUGCCCUUCAUUGUGCAGCCUCAGGUGGGGCUGCAAAUGCUGUAGAUAUUGUGAAGCGGCUCUUAGCUGCUGGUGCUGAUCCGAAUAUGGUCGACGGGAAUGGACAUAGACCGGUCAACGUGAUUGUUUCCCCCCUAAGGCAUGCGGAGCUUAAAUCAACUCUGACUGAGCUUCUUAAAACAAAUGGUUUGUCUGGUGAAGGAAAUCUGGCUGUUUUAAGAGGGGCUGGAAAUUCACAUUCUCCUUGCCCUUCGUCUCCUUUGAAUGUACCAUCAUCUGCUUCGGAGUUAGUUUCUUCACCAACAAAGUCGAAACUGAGCGAUUUUCCUAUGUAUUCUGGAUCUGAGAAGAAAGAAUACCCUGUUGAUCUUUCUCUUCCAGACAUCAAGAACAGUAUCUACUCAACCGAUGAGUUCCGAAUGUACUCGUUCAAGGUUCGACCCUGCUCGCGUGCUUACUCUCAUGAUUGGACCGAGUGUCCCUUUGUCCACCCUGGAGAGAAUGCUAGGAGAAGGGAUCCAAGAAAAUUUCAUUAUAGCUGUGUACCCUGUCCCGACUUCCGGAAGGGGGCUUGCAGACGUGGAGAUAUGUGUGAAUAUGCUCAUGGGGUUUUCGAGUGCUGGCUGCAUCCAGCUCAAUAUCGGACCCGUCUUUGCAAAGAUGGCACGAAUUGCUCGAGGAGAGUCUGCUUCUUUGCACACACCACCGAUGAACUGCGGCCUCUAUAUGUCUCAACUGGUUCUGCUGUUCCCUCUCCACGUUCUUGUACUUCUGGUAUGGAUUAUAACACAGUCAUGAACCUUCUUCCUGGUUCUCCAUCUUCAGUGCCUGUGAUGUCUCCAUCACCAUUCACUCCUCCAAUGUCUCCCUCUGCCAAUGGCAUGUCGCACUCGUCCAUGGCGUGGCCCCAACCGAACGUCCCUGCCCUGCAUCUCCCAGGAAGCAAUAUUCAAUCUAGCCGCCUAAGAUCGUCUUUGAGUGCAAGAGACAUUCCUGUUGAGGACUUCGAUUUUCUGGGUGAUUUUGAUAUGCAACAACAGCAACUACUUAAUGACUUCAAUUGCCUUUCUCAACCACCGUUGAGUUCAAACUCACUGAACCGUUCUGGUCGGUUGAAGACUAUGACUCCUUCGAAUCUUGAUGAUCUCUUCUCUGCUGAGAGUUCGUCUCCCAGAUACUCUGAUCAGGCUUUGGCUUCAGCUGUUUUCUCCCCAACACAUAAAUCAGCAGUUAUCAAUCAAUUUCAGCAGCAACAGAAUAUGUUGUCACCAAUUAAUACAAAUUUCUCUCCUAAAAAUGUUGACCACCCUCUAUUGCAGGCCUCUUUCGGGGUUCCAUCAUCUGGGAGGAUGUCUCCGCGAAAUCUCGAACCCAUCUCCCCGAUGGGCUCUCGCUUGUCCAUGCUGGCUCAAAGAGAGAAACAGCAACAGUUUCGCAGCCUCAGCUCCCGUGAGCUUGGUGCCAAUUCUUCUAUUGUUGGUUCCCCUGCAAGCUCUUGGUCCAAAUGGGGAGCUUCCAAUGGAAGGCCUGAUUGGGCAGUCAAUGCAGAUGAAAUGGGUAAACUUCGGCGAUCAUCUUCAUUCGAGCUUGGCAACAAUGGAGAAGAACCAGAUCUAUCAUGGGUUCAAUCACUUGUGAAAGAAUCUCCAACUGAGAUAAAAGAAAAGCAAGCUCAACCCGGUUCGGGUGCCGAUAGUUACGUUUCUUCUGGGGAGAGUUCUUCUAACGUGAACUCGCAAAUGGAGUCGGUCGAUCAUACUGCAUUGGGAGCAUGGCUUGAACAGAUGCAGCUCGAUCAUCUUGUCGCUCAACAAAACUGAAACCAUUCUCAGUUAAGGUAGUUAACAACAGUAAUAUUUUGGUAUAUAACAUGCCGUUUUCUUUUCCUUUCGAUUUUUGUCGUCGGGCACGGGAAGAAAAGAUGCAUAGUAACAAGGCUAUAGAGGGGAGUUUAGUCACCCUCACUCAGAAGGAGACUAUUCAUUUUUACCAUUUUUAGUACACCAGAAAGUAAGUCAGGAAGGUGAAGGAAAAAAAAAAAAAACCCUUAGUUGUUAAUGUCGAAAAAUUUAGAACCCAGGUUAGGUUUUAUUCUUUAGCUUUCAAUAUUUUGAAAAGUUUUUAGAUCUACAAGGUUGCCCAUUUAUUUUUUUUUGGUUUCCCUGUUGUGAGGAGCAUCAUGUUUAAUUGUAAUGAACAUCAUAUCACAUUCACAUCUUAAUUCAUCACUUCAUUCAUUUACAAAACCAAGCAAUUCCCACUUCUUUCUACAACUUUCUAGUCAUUAGCUAUCUGAAAAAAGUUUGAUUGGAACUUUGUUUGGAGAAGGAACUUGAUUCUGAAGUAGUGGGUUUGAUCCUCUUUUUAUCUUUUGUGAAGAUAAGAAAAUGGAUUCUUUGUAGAUUAUCCCUAAGGAAUUGAUUAGAUUGUGGGAAUUUGGGAGUAAUUUUCUAAUGGUUGUGUCAUUAUCAGUUGAUGUUGAUUUGUUUGAAGGAUCAGUUCUUGGAUGAGAAUUGUUUAAAUGAUGUUUAGAUA